AGUCUAUAUGGGGAGAGAGAGGAAGAGACCACUGCCUCUAAAACGAGUCUCUCUGGGGAACGAGAGGAGGGGACCACUGCCUCUAAAAUGAGUCUAUAUGGGGAGAGAGAGGAGGGGACCACUGCCUCUAAAAUGAGUCUCUCUGGGGAGAGAGAGGAGGGGACCAAUGCCUCCAAAAUUACCCAAGACACCAGUUCUAUGAGUGUUCAGAAGCCCAGAGCAGAGUCCCCUACAACCAGCCUGCUAUCAAUGAAGAGUGAUCAGCCACCUGCUUUCAGCCAGGAACCAUUACCAGAUGACAAUAAGGAAGUGGAGAGUUUGGACAGUGAGGAUGUAUUAAAGAUCACAGACAACCUUCUGGACAGAAGAAGUCAAACUCUGCUGACAGUCCAACAAGACAUUAAGGCUAAACUGAAACACAAGUAUCAACACAUAUCUGAAGGAAUUGGACACCAUGGAAACCAAAGUCUUUUCAAGGACAUCUACACAGAGCUCUACAUCACAGAGGGUGGAAGUGGAGGGCUCAAUAAUGAACAUGAGGUUAGACAGAUAGAGAUGGCAUCCAAGAAUCAAACCACACAAGAGACACCAAUCAAAUGCAACGACAUCUUCAAGCCUUUACCUGGACAAGAUAAACAUAUCAGAACUGUGCUGACAAAAGGAAUCGCUGGUGUUGGAAAAACAGUCUCUGUGCAGAAGGUCAUCCUUGACUGGGCAGAGGGAAAAGCAAAUCAGGAUGUUAAUUUCAUGUUUCCUCUUCCUUUCCGUGAUCUGAACCUGAAAAAGGACCAAUACAGUCUGAUGCAACAUAUUUCCCACUACUUGUCAGAGCUGAAAGAGAUUGACAGCAUUGAAGAUGGUGAAACAAAAAUAGUUUUCAUUUUUGAUGGUCUGGAUGAGUGUCGACUUCCUCUAGACUUCAAAAACAAUGAGAAGUGCUGUGAUGUCACGAAGCCAACCUCAGUGGAUGUGCUGCUGACAAAUCUUAUCAAGGGGAAUCUGCUUCCCUCUGCUCUCCUCUGGAUAACCUCACGGCCUGCAGCAGCCAAUCAGAUCCCUCCUGAGUGUAUUGACCAGGUGACAGAGGUACGAGGGUUCAAUGAUCCACAGAAGGAGGAAUACUUCAGGAAGAAAAUCCCAGAUCAGAAUCUGGCCAAUGAAAUCAUCAAACACAUGAAGACAUCAAGGAGCCUCCACAUCAUGUGCCACAUACCAGUCUUCUGUUGGAUAUCAGCCACUGUGCUUGAGAUGAUACUGAAAGAGGCAGAGAAGGAUGAAGUCCCCAAAACUCUGACCCAGAUGUACUCACACUUCAUAUUCAUCCAAAUAAUUCUGAAGAACAGGAAGUACAACAUAGCCACAGAGACAAACCCAAAGGAACUGUCUCAGUCAGACAAAGAGAUGAUCCUGAAACUGGCAAAGCUGGCUUUCCAACAGCUGCAGAAGGGCAACCUGAUCUUCUAUGAGGAGGACCUGAGAAAGUGUGGCCUUGAUGUCACAGAGGCAUCAGAGUACUCAGCAUUGUGUACAGAGAUCUUUAAAGAAGAAUCUGGCCUGUACCAAGACAAGGUCUACAGCUUUGUGCAUCUGAGCAUUCAGGAGUUUCUAGCAGCAGUGCAUGCUAUAGAAUCAUGUCUGGACAAGAAGGAAAAUGUUUUCUCCCCUACUGGUGAUGAUGAAGAGAAGGAGUCAAUCCAGUUGUCUGACUUACACAGGAGAGCAGUGGACCAGGCCUUGAAGAGUGAGAAUGGACACCUGGACUUGUUCCUCCGCUUCCUUCUGGGUCUCUCACUGGAGUCCAGUCAGAAUCUGUUACGAGGCCUUCUGACACAGACAGGAAGUACAACACAGACCAAUGACGAAACAGUUGAGAGAACAGUCAGAUACCUUUCAGACAACAUCGAAAGGGAAUCCUCACCAGAAAGGAUCAUCAACUUGUUCCACUGUCUGAAUGAACUUGGUGCCAACUCUCUAGUUGAAGACAUGCAGACCUCCCUGCAUUCAGGAACUCUUUCAGAAAUAAAACUAAAACCUGACCAAUGUUCAGCCCUGGCCUACCUGUUACUGAUGUCAGAGGAGGUGCUGGAGAAGUUUAAACUGAAGAGAUACAACACAUCAGAGAAAGGUUAUCAGAGGUUAAUGCCGGUAGUGAAAACCUGCAAGAGAGCACUACUGGAUGGCUGUAAACUGACAUAUAAAUCCUGUGAGACUCUGGCCUCAAUUCACCAGACACCAAACUGCCCUCUGAGAGAACUGGACCUCAGCUACAAUGACCUGGAAGACAGAGGACUGGAGCUGCUCUGUGUUGGACUAACCAGUCCACUCUGCAACAUACAAACACUAGUACUGUCUGGCUGUAACCUCACGUAUGAAUCCUGUGAGACUCUGGCCUCAGUUCUGCAGACACCAAACUCCCCCGUAAGAGAACUGGACCUCAGCUACAAUGACCUGGGAGACAGAGGAGUGAAGCUGCUCUGUGAUGGACUAAGCAGUCCACUCUGCAACAUACAGACACUAGUUCUAGGUCAGUGUGGUCUGACAGAGGGUUGCUGUUCAGAUCUGGCCUCAGUCCUGAGUUCACCCAACUCACAACUGAAACAACUGGAGCUGAGAGACAAUGACCUGCAGGACUCAGGAGUUACACUGCUGUCUGCUGGACUGGAGGAUCCAGACUAUAAACUACACACACUGGGGCUGUCUGGCUGUCUGGUCACAGAGGAGGGCUGUGCUGCUCUGUCUUCAGCUCUGAGGUCAAACCCCUCCCACCUGAAAGAGCUGGACCUGAGCUACAAUCACCCAGGAGACUCUGCAGGGGUACUGCUUUCAGCUGCUCUGGUGGAUCCCACAUAUAAACUGAUGAAGCUGAAUGUGGAUCAUGGUGGAGAGUGCAGGCUGAAAUCAGGGCUGAGGAAAUAUGCCUGUCAUCUCACCCUGGACCCAAAUACAGUAAACCCACACCUGGUACUCUCUGAGGGGAACAGGAAGGUGACAUGGGUGGCAGAGAAGCAGCAUUAUGAAGACCAUCCAGACAGAUUUGAUUGUCUUUUCCAAGUUCUCUGUAGAGAAGGCUUAUCUGGAUCUGGAUGUCGUUAUUACUGGGAGGUGGAGAAUGAUGGUGACCAGAUUUACAUUGGUGUGGUGUACAAAGGAAUGAAGAGGAAGGGAGAUGAGGAUGACAGUUGGAUUGGACUCAAUAGGAAGUCCUGGUGUUUAUUCUGCUCUGAUAGUGGUUAUGACUUUUACCAUCCUGGAGUCAGUGUCAGAAGAUCCAUCUCUGAUCCUGAUCCUAACAGAGUUGGAGUGUAUCUGGACUGGUCAGCUGGUACUUUGUCCUUCUAUAGUGUGUCCUCCUCUGGUACACUGACACACCUUUACACAGAACACACCAGAUUCACUGAACCCCUCUAUCCUGGGUUUGGAUUUGAGGUUUCCUCCUCUUCAGUGACUCUGUGUCAAAUAGAUGAUCAACACAAUCAAAGAGAUCAUGGUGGAGAGUGUUGUAUCAAGCCUGGACCUGAGAACACCAGAGACCAAGGUGGAGAGAGUUGGAGCAAGCCUGGACCUGAGAACACCAGAGACCAAGGUGGAGAGAGUUGUAUCAAGCCUGGACCUGAGAACACCAGAGACCAUGGUGGAGAGAGUUGGAUCAAGCCUGGACCUGAGAACACCAGAGACCAUGGUGGAGAUAGUUGUAUCAAGCCUGGACCUGAGAAAUGGAUUCCUCCGAGCUGCAAGACUUGUGAACAUGUUGAGGACUCCACACACUGGCUUCAGAUUGAACCCUUGACUUCCACUGUCCAGGGAGUGACAAUGUUCAGGCACAUGACACCCAAAGGGAGUUAUGAGUGCACAGUGUCUGGGCUCCGCUGGCUGUGUGAGAGAGAUGUCAUUCUGAAGUAUCACUUCAGGAACUGGGAACCCUACAGUCACCUUCUGAAAGACAUGCAGUACACACAAGGUGGUCCAUUGCUGGACAUCACUAUGGAGUUAGGUGAACUGGAGGAAGUUCAUCUGCCACACUUUGUCUGUUUAGGGACCAACCCUUCCCUGAGGAAUGAGAUGAAGAUUCUUCAUGUAGAGGAACAUGGAGUGUCUUUAGAGGAAGUGCAUGAGGUCACCAGAUUCCAUGCUAAGAUUCUCCAUCCCAAGUUCUCAGCUAUCUCUGUUAUACUGAGCUAUAUCCUUUCUUGGAACGUAGAUGUCCACUGUGAGCUGAUGCUCUAUCUGACAGUGAUGAAGGAAACACUAAUUCCACGCCUAUACCUGUUCCCCAGUAACCCCGGCCAAAUACUGGCUGUGGACCAACAGGAAAAGUCUCAAGGGUCUAAAAGGAUUCUCAUCUCCAGACCAGAGCAGUCCUUCAAACUGAAUAGUUCCUUCAGACUGAACAUUCCCUGUUCUACCUCCAUCAAUCCACCGAGGAUUCAUCUCAUACAUAGAGACACCACACCAAGCUUUUUCAGGGCAGUUGUGAAAAUGACAGGGAUUGACAUUGAGAUGCAGUUAUUCAGUGAUGAUGAGAGGAUAGCAUGGAAAGAAAUUGUGCCAAUAGAUGAAUACAUCUCUGACACCCGUUCAACAAGUGCUGUGUUGGGGGCAGGGCAUCCGGCUGAGAGCAGUCGGACUGCUUCUACAAAACUGCAGCUGCGUUCUGUACGGACAGAGUUUGUGAAACGAGUGUCAAGACCUGUCCUGAAUGAACUGCUGGACGGACUCCUGCAACACACAGUCAUCAACCAGGAGGAAAUGGAGUCAGUGAAGGUGAUAGCUGAAAGGGCAGAGAAAGCACGUGACAUCAUCGACAUGGUGUUGAGAAAAGGAACUGAGUCAAGUUCCAGGAUGAUCAACCUUCUUGUGGAGCUGGACCCCUGUCUUUGUUCACUGCUUCAGAUCAACAGUGUUGGGGUACCAACCUAAUGGUAGAAUGGAUAGUAACAGUGUUGGAGUACCAACCUAAUGGUAGAAUGGAUAGUAACAGUGUUGGAGUACCAACCUAAUGGUAGAAUGGAUAGUAACAGUGUUGGGGUACCAACCUAAUGGUAGAAUGGAUAGUAACAGUGUUGGGGUACCAACCUAAUGGUAGAAUGGAUAGUAACAGUUUUGGGGUAGCAACCUAAUUGAUAGUAACAGUGUUGGAGUACCAACCUAAUGGAUAGUAACAGUGUUGGGGUAGCAACCUAAUGGAUAGUAACAGUGUUGGGGUACCAACUAGUGAUGUGUGGGUCUCAUCUGCAGUCCCCAUGGUUAAAUACGUGGGUUUAGGGUCAUGAAAUACUGUGUGGAUGAAGGGCGGGUGUCUGGCAGUCGGGUUGAAUAAAGUGAAAACAAUACCUUAAAAAAUCUAUAAAUGUAUCAUUCUAGUGCAAUUUACAUUGAUGUUUUUCUUUCAUUAUUUUAAGCUAUCUGGCAUUAGUAAGUAAGUCUGAGCUAUAGUACCUAACUGUUAGGUGCGCCAAAUGCUUUUGGGAAUGGUAAAAAAUAUAUAUAUGUUGAGAUGGGGUUAAAUAAAUAAAACAAUCCUGCA